UCCGUGGUCCGCUUUCACGCACUUCAACGAUUUUCCGUAUUACACAAAACAAAAUAAGCAGAAGAAGGCGUUCGAAGUAUUAAAACUCGCGAACCCUUUUCUUGUAAACUGCCAAACUACAAAAGUAUAAUCACGUUGGCUCGAUUAUCAAGAGCUGUCAAUUCGGAAUAUUUAGAGAGGAGUAAUAAAUUGGAAAGAAUGUUAGGUUAAGAAAUAAUCGCGGUGCAUGCGGCAAAUUCAACUUGGCUACAAAUCAAUCGAAAAUCCUGAUUUUUUGAUAGCUAUAAAACUUCCAAAUUAGCCAAUAUGUUUAAUCGAGUACUGCGUUGUCUGACAUUGACGAAAAAGCCGCUGAGGUGGACCGCAAGACGAAAUUGCCGGCCGGCGAUCGAGGCACAGCUGAGUGCCUGCGAUAUUCUCCACACGUCGAAAAGACGUUUUUGUACGAAAGUCGGCAAGAUAUCCGAAGAAGGCGAGACACAGGAGAAUCUGGAGAAAAAUGUCACUAUAUCUGUAAGCGGCGAACAGCUUCAAGCUAUGAUGGACUCGGACCCGGAGAUGGAGAAACUUUACAAAGUGAUCCAGCUCGAAGUCGAGGUGAUGAGACAGAACGGCAGACUGAUACCCAAGGAGCUAAAGCCUCAACAUUGGUUGCAAUUGAUCAGGCAUGAAACGAGAUCUGCGAGAAGUCGAUAUCUGAUGUACCUCUUCAAGCUUGAAAUGACCCAAGAAAACUUUAGGAAGAAAAAAGAACUAGCCAGGAUAGAGAGGGAACAGAAGCUGCAGGAACAUGGGAGGGAAGAAGUCGAUCAGAUGGCGUAUAGGCUGUUUAAAAACACAAUCUUCCUGCGAAUAUACGACACAGCGAUGAAUCGCUUCUACCACUCGCGUAUGAUGAUGGCCAAGAUCCAUGGUCCUGAAGUGAUAAUAGACCUCGGAUACGACAAACACAUGACAGUGCGCGAGUCGUCAGAAUGCGCCAAACAGCUCGUCUUCUUGUUUGCGGAGAAUCGCGUACUCCGAGAUCCAUUUUACAUCACCUUUUGCAAUGUAAAUAAAUUUUCGGUAGUUAUGGAAAAGUUUUACAGAUCUGUACCGAAUGCCAACGAGCCUGAUUUUCCACUAGAAAUAAAGGAAUGUUCGUACACCGAGCUCUAUGACAAAAAGAAGCUGGUCUACUUGACGCCGCACUGCAACACCGAAAUGACAGAGUACGAACCGGACUCCAUCUACAUAAUAGGCGGGAUGGUGGACAAGACCAACAACCAGCCCCUCUCUUUGGCAAAGGCGAAAAAAGAGGGUCUGAGAAUGGCCAAAUUCCCUCUAGACAAGUACUUGCUAUGGGGUUCAGGCUCUGGCAAACGUUUGCCACUUAAUCAUGUGCUAAGAAUCUUGGCGGAUAUCAGGACCACCGGAGAUUGGCAUAAGGCCUUGAAACACGUCCCUCUUAGGAAGUUGGAGAGGCCUCUUGACCAAUUACAAACUGGCAAAGUUCAGUUUCCGCCCCAAACUCCCUCAUGGGUUAAUACUGAGCUUCAAAGAAAAAGACAAUACGUGCCUACGAAAACGAAAAUUGGACACUCGCUGAACACGUCAUACACUUUUCGAGACAGACAAAAGAAAAGUUCGUAAUAAAUAACGGAUUGUAAAUAAUGUGACCAGGAUUGUUGGUUAUGACAAAUGAGAACAAUAUACUGAUCAUUAGUGCAGACAGGCUAACACUUACUUCCACCUUUAUAUUAUCAAUGAAAUCCUGCGGCACGGUUACCUCUAAUAAAAAAAUUCCUGUAACAAAAAUGAAAUAAUUUAGAUAUAUCAUUCAAUUAAUACCACAGUGUAUUUUUAUGUUUUGUCAGUGUACAGACACCAUUUUUUUUUUCUAAGGCCCCAGAGGUACAAUUGUUUUCUAGAUUUAUUAUAUUAGCUGCGUUUGAUAUGUACAAUUUUAUAUCGUGUCUGUGGAUCUUUUUUCAGUCACAUGCUGCAGGAACGAUCGCUUCGAAGAGUG